UUAGCAGUUUAUAUUUAUUAAAAUAAUUGCACUUCCAUGUUGUGUGUACUGUGGGGGACCAGAUAUAGUGAAUGCAGGGUCUGGGGAGACUGGAUAUAGUGAAUGCAAGGGUCCGGGGAGAGCGGAUAUAGUGAAUGCAGGGUCCGGGGAGAGCGGAUAUAGUGAAUGCAGGGUCCGGGGAGAGCGGAUAUAGUGAAUGCAGGGUCCGGUGAGACCGGAUAUAGUGAAUGCAGGGUCGGGGAGACCGGAUAUAGUGAAUGCAGGGUCCGGGGGAGACCGGAUAUAGUGAAUGCAGGGUCCGGGGAGACCGGAUAUAGUGAAUGCAGGGUCCGG